AUGAGAAAAAUCAAUACAACCAUUGAAGGAUUUUUGGAAUGUUAUGGUAUGGGUGGUGAGGUAAGCAUUAAUCAAAAUGAUUCAUUUGAUACUUAUCAAAAACUUAUCCAACUUUUAGUCAAGAGAAAAGGCAAAUUAAUGGUAUUAAUUGAUGAAUAUGAUAGAUUUGCAAACAAAUUAAUAUUUGAAAAUCCUGAAAAAUAUCAAUUAAUAGUUGAAGGAAAGAGAGGAGAUCCAACAUCUUCACCAAUUCGUUCUUUCUUUGAAAGAUUGAAAGAGUCUUCCGCUACUGGUUUACAAGAUUUUCGUAGUAUCAUCACUGGUAUCACUCCUAUUGCUCUUGCUGAUGCAUCUGGAUAUAAUGUUUCCAGUAAUAUUUCCUCUGAUAAGAUAUUUGGUGGUUUGGUUGGUUUUACAGAAAAUGAUUUGAGAAUGGCAUUAAAUAACAUUGAUAUUAUUGGAAAUGAUCAAGAUAUUACCAUUUCAACCAUGAAAAAGUAUUAUAAAGGUUAUCAUUUUCCUGGUUCAAAACAUGCUCUAUUCAACACAACUCUUUCAAUGUUCUUUUUGAACAAACUUGUAAAAGAUGAACCUUUCAGAAAUGCUGUUCUACAAAAACAAGAAAUUCCAUUAUCAAUAUUAACAGAUACCAACACAAUGAUCAGUGAGAACGUUUUUGCAACUUUGGCAUCAUCAGUUGUAUCGAAUGAUAUUAUUCAACAAUUACUUUCAAAAGAUUAUAUAGAAGUAACCGAGUCAAUUUAUCCUUCACUGAAAUUAAGAGAGAUUAUUGAUCCACCAUCCAAUGAAGAAGAUAUACAAAAGAUUCGUGAUAAUGCUUUAUCAUUCAUGUAUUAUCAUGGUAUGAUUACUUUCACAGAAUCAUCCUCAAAACAAAUGAAUCCAAAACAAUUGUUAAUUCCAAAUGAAAUUGCAAAGGUUCAAUAUUUGGAACAGUUACGUAGACUUAUAUCUUUACGUGAAAGUGAUAUAUCAACUUUUAUUAAUGAACCAACUCAAGAUAAUUUGAAAAAAUUACUUUGGAGUAUUUUAAGCAAGCAAGAAACAGUGUUUGACAAUGAUAUGUCUGAAAGAAGUUUACAAUCUUGUAUUGAAUCUGCAUUGAGAUCAUAUUCUUUAUAUAGAAGCAAAGAUUUUACUUUUAGAGCAGAAAAGGAAUAUACAAAUUAUCAUAUCAAUGGAAAAGAAUAUACUGAAUUAAGAGCUGACCUUGUUAUUUCAACCGACAAUGACAUAUUUAUCAUUAAAUUGAAACGUUUGAGACCAAUGUAUUUAUCACAAUAUUCUACUAUUAGAAUUUGGAAACCUUAUAUGUUUAAGGAAAAAUUUAAAGAAUUAUUACAAGCUGAUGAAAGCCAGUUAUUGAAUAUGCUAGUUUUUCAAAAAUGGGCAAACAAAUAUGUUAAAGUUGAAAGUAUCUUAAAUGAGGCAAGUUCUAAGGUUAAACAAUAUGCCAAAAAAGAACAAGAAUUACUUGGCAAUAAUGAUAAAACUAUCCACAAGUUCGUUGUCAUUCAAGUUGGUUGGCCUCUUAUUGUGAGGAAAGUAAAUUAA